GGCCAGCGGCUCGCGCUCCUCCGCCUGCCGCCGUCCCAGGCCGGGAGCGUUUCCUCCUGGGACGGACGGCUGGAGGAGAUCCCGUCCCACACCUGCCAUCAAGGCCGCCUUCCCGCCGGCCGAGCUGGGAGGCGCUUGGUGGUGGGGACGGGACGGGGAGAGCGGUGUGAAAUCGCAUGGCUGUAGGCAUUUUGUAAAACAACUUAUAAGAGCACGUCUUAGAAGAAGCGGUAGAGCAGCUUGACCUAUUACAGAACUAUGGUUCGACUAACACUGGACCUCGUUGCUAAAAAUGUUGGUCACAAGAGUCGCAAUGAAGACAACUUUGGACAGUAUCUGCAAAAAAUAACUCAUCUGAAUUUGUCAGAUAAAAAUAUAGACACAAUUGGUGUCCUCUCUUUCUGUAAAAAUCUAAAGGUUCUAUAUUUAUAUGAUAACCAAAUCAGCCAAAUCCAGAACUUGGACUUUGCUUCAAAUAUAACACACCUUUACCUUCAGAACAAUUGUAUUUCAAGUAUAGAAAAUCUCUCAUCACUGAAAAAGCUUGAAAAACUGUAUUUGGGAGGCAAUUACAUCACUGUAGUAGAAGGUUUGGAUAAAAUAGGAGAAAUAAGGGAGCUACAUAUUGAAAGUCAACAUCUCCCUCUUGGUGAAAAGCUUCUGUUUGAUCCGGUAUCUCUUAGGUCCCUGGCAAAAUCUUUAUCUGUAUUGAAUAUCAGCAAUAACAACAUUGAUGAAUUAGAGGAUCUGGCAGUUUUGGAAAAUCUUUCUUAUCUUAAAGCAGUUGACAAUCGACUUCAACAUAUGAAGGAUUUGAAGGUUGUGUUAAACAAAUGGACAAAGCUACGCAGAAUGGAUCUUAGAGGAAACCCCAUCUGCCAAAAACCAAAGUACAGGGACAAGGUUGUAGUACAGUCACAAACUUUAGAAUCCCUUGAUGGGAAAGAAAUUAAAGAAAUGGAAAGACAGUUCUUAAUGAACUGGCAAGCCUCCAAAACUGCCAGGAAAAAAAGCAAGGAGAGAAUGACAGAUGAAGCUGAUUCUGAAACAUCUCAUCCUACUCUUGCCUUUCACCACAGUCACUCUGUGGAAGAAAAACCAAAUUUUUUAGUUUUGUCUCAGAAGCACAAAAUUGAAAGAAAACCUCUGCCAAGAAUCCGUGAAAGAAAAAGUCAGAUGAAAGCUCAGGUUGAGGAGGCAUCGAAAGUCAAGGCAGAAGCAAGUUGAAUUCUAAAAGCCAGAAGUUAUGAAGGAUGUGAAGAUUUGGCCAUUACUGGAUUUUUUUCCCCUCAAAGUUUGCAAAGAAAGAUACUGGUGUCUCUAUGGA